AUGUAUGUGGCAUCGGAGAAAGUUGCGUGGUUUGAUCCCGCCCUGCUGCGAUUGGGACAGGUGACAUCGUCCAUCGAUGGCUCCGUGGAGGUGCGGGAGGUUGUCAGAGCGGUGAUGCGCCGACGCUUUGAGGAGGAGACGCUAACCGAUUGUGCGCUUAACAGCGGCAGUGUACACGCCGCCGUGAGGGAGUUUUACAAUAUCACAGAGAAGCAGCGCGGGGCGGCGGCGGCCAUUGGGUGCCGCGUAGAACGCCCGGCGUGCCCCAUUGACCACAGCGUGGAACCACUUGCACACGUUGUCGUGGCUGGCGGCACGUACGCCGCGGUAACAGAGCCAGUGCCACAACGUUUAUACUUUUUUGACCAGCAUAACGACAUUGCCAUCAGUUGCCUGAAGCUCGCAUGUGGCGGAAGGAUGUCGGAGGAAAUAUCGACUGCCGACAAUUUUUUUAUUGACGAACGCGAUGUCGUUGCAGCGCUUUUUCUUGAACCACGGGGAAACUUUUGCGUGGUACGGUGGCGAUCAGGGAGGGCAGCCUACUACCACAUUCCCCGCCGAAGCUCUGGGCAUUCGCAUGAUUAUUACCAUUGUCAUAGUCUUCAGUCAGAGGGAUGGCCAGCAGAGGUCAUGAAGAGUGGCGAGGAGGAGGAACGGCUGGAAAGUGACAUGAUGCCGCGGCGAUUUCCGCUGCAGUUUCGUGCAAAUGUUACAGGCAUGACGCGGCCGUUUUACGUGGAGUGCAUUGCGUGGGACAUGAACAACACAAGUGACGCAACAACAGGUGACAUUAUUCUUGGCUCCAGUAGUGGUGGCAUUCUUCUUGCAUGUCGGCUGGAGACGCAUGGUAUCGUUGCGGCGCGUAAGUUGUACCAAUUCCCACAGCCGUACAGCAGUUACCCCAUUGAUAGCGUGGCGUACAUGACGGAUUUACAGUCACCUGAGCAUCCACAUCGUCAUGUCGUGUUGAUUGCUCAAAAUACUCGUCUGUUUGUUUUUUCUUCACUGUGGGGGCAGGGCAGCUCACUUGAGGCGGCGUUUGAUACAAGUCUACUAGACUGCAAGAACGUUGUGUCGCACUUCACCACGGCGUUUCCGUGUGCGGCGUCAUUGCCGUUAAGUGGUGGAGUGAGUAGUAGUAGUGGUAGUGGUGGUGGUGGUGGUGGUCUGAUGAACUACAUCAGCGUCAGCAACGGGGCGACCACUACUACUGCGACUGCCACCAUCCCUUUCUCGGUUUUCUCUUCUUCUGCUUCAGUUGGAUGCCGGCACAGGGCACUCUCGAGCACCGUCGCUCCCGCGGACGCAUCCGUCUUGCAUGCGACUCCAGAGGCUUUGAGGCCGCGGCUUCUCUCAUGUGUGGUUAUUUUGGACAGUCGAGAGUUGCUACCCACUUUGCCAUCCGCAUUGCGUGUGACACCAGCUGGCGGACGAGGGGGUGCGAGUAGGCGUGGUGAGACUGAGGCGAAUGCUCUACCCACGGUUGCCACGGACAAACUUCCACCGGUUUUUUUUUGGCAGUACGGUGACACGCUAACACAUGGCGUUAUCCUUUUGACAGAUUUGGCGAGGAUGGCAGGGGUGGAGGCGUCUCAGGCAACCACACAUACUUCCACUUCGCUGCACAAACACGAGGGGUGUUGCUCUCCAGCAGUGCGUUCACCUGGCCUCACGUCAUCGUUCAACACUCGCUUGCCGUUGAACGUGUGGCAAAGUCUAUUGCCCGUUGGCAUCCUUAGUGUUGUGAGCCUGGCGCGGCUUAUGCAGGACCUCUCCGCGUUGCUACAGUCACAGCAGGGCGGUACACAGCGACCACCCAUGUUUCGUCGUAUGCCUGUGGGAGCAGACAAAAAUGCGACAGAUGCAUGCACACCACCACGACCGCUUGGCUUGGGCGACGUUGAACGACUCUUGAUGCUCCGUCACGGUGGGCGUCAUGGAGUUGGGGGACGCUUUACGUUGCCCAGUCUUACAACACCUCCCUUGAAGAGAAACCCAGGUUUUGCCUCAAAGGGCGAGGAACUCCGACCUAGUGAGGGGGAACUUCAGACUGCUGAGAAACUCGUUUCUGUUGCGAUGGGGUAUGGCCAUGUCGUGCUCACCACAACACGCGCCGUGUACGUCUUUUGUCACCUCGCGGCAUUGCCGUUGCCGCAGGAGGCGUUUCAAUGGAAGAGUGCGCUUGUAUUUACCCAAGAGCUUGUGGCUCCAGCGAUGAGAAACACGGCUACAGGAACCCGAGGGGAUGGCGUUGUGACGGUCUUCUGUUCGCAUGACGCGGGCUGCUCGCAGGUAUUUCACUUGUGUGCCGCGUCGUAUAUUUUCGAUCUGAGACUUUGCCGUCGUCGUUGCCGUGCGCAGUACGUGGCUCAGCUGGUGGAUGCCGUCAAUCAUGUCGGCACCGGCACUGUCCAGAGGGGCUCCGCUGAUAAGGACGAGCUGGAGAGCACACACGGAUGCGAGGCACGAACGACGGGGCUGGACCGUCAGCAAAUGACGUUACCGCAACUGCAUUCCUGGCGAAACCGAUUCUUGUCCCAGCCGAGAACUGCCCUCUCUACGACGUCAGGCGUGAGCCCUCCGUCAACUCCCAUGUCAGCUAUUUAUUUCGGCAGCGGCGGCGGCGGAUUGCGUUUACCGUUGCUUUCUACGUUGUCUCAACAGCCCUCGGGCUACAGCAACGACGAGCUUCGCUUUGAGGAGUGGAUUUGGACACACAGCGACAGGGCAGUGAAUAUUCCGCACAUUGGGGCACUGGGUGGACACGUGACAACGGGACUCCGCACGAUGGAGCAUUACGACACGGACUGUUUGUACGGUAUGGCACUGCGCCUUGCUGUUUCCGCCCCUUCGGAGGAAGAAAGGCGCGAAUUGCUGCCACGGAUUCGUCACGCAUACGCCACACGGUUGUUUCGCCAAGGUCGUUUUCUUGAGGCGGCGGCGCAGCACGGGUUGGCGAUGGAGGGGCCGCCUUAUUUGAAUACCCUGCUGCUGGAGUUUUCAGGCGUGGCGGUAGAUGAUAUGGAACCGCUCAUCCUUGUGCUACUCCUGCGGCUGCGCGGGUACGCGCGGCGGAAAUCGGGCCUUACGGCCUACAGUGUGGAGGUGGGUUGCCUCGCAACGUGGCUUGUCUCCCUUCUCCUCGAGCGCUGCAAUCAAAUUGGGAAGGAGCAACAUGGUGACAGGGACGUUUCUGUCUUGUCUGCGUCGGUUGCCAUGACUGAGGCCAACGCACCAGUGGCUGUGGGUGCGGCGGAGGCAGUUGGAGUGCACCGACGCUCCCUCGCGAUGACGGCAUAUCUUCGCCGCAAGUACGAUUUGAUUAAUCCCCGGCAGCUGCUGGAGGACAUUUUCACACAGUACGGUGCCCUUGUAAGUUGGCAAGCAAUUUGCACAUCUAUCUUUGGCAUAGCGAGCGGCGAGCUGGCGAUUUCAAUUUGCAGUCGAUUAGGUCAUCACGGGGAGGUGUUGUCGCGCCUUUUCCUGCAGCAAGAACAGCCAUUGGAGGGACUUGUACACCUUGAGCGGCAUAUGCUUGGAGGCCAUGGUUCUGCCACUGUGGCAACAACAACGUUCCCACAGGGGGAUUCAUGCAUUUCGCUACAGGAAUCAUUAAAAGCGUAUUGGUUGCAGUAUGCAUCACUACUCAUGCGUUGGUGCCCAUGCCGUUUUGUGCGUCGCGGACUUAUUCCGUUUGGCUCAGAGUUGGGGUUAACGCCCAUGCAGAUCAUUCCAGCGUUGCUACUGUAUGAUCCAAGACGUAAUGAGACUGUGUUUGAAGCAGAAGGGGCUGCAGAGGCGGUGCUGCAGCGACAUGUUAUUGAGGACUCUUUAUUAGCUGAAGAACGAGCCCGUGCGAGCUGCCACGCCGCCCAACUGUACCUGGAGCAUGUGAUUUACACAGAGGGUUACACAAACGAAUGUCUUUUAAAUUUGUUAUUGUACUUUACGGCAAGAGACGGGGACGAUGGCGCAUUGACCCGUUUUUUUACCGAGUUGCGUGCGAACGCCACGGCGCAUCGACUAGAGAUAUCAUAUGCCUAUCGUGUGUGUCGUCAGUUUCGGAGGCAGGUGGGGUGUGCCUGGACCUGCUUCAUUGCUGGGCGCUACGCGGAGGCGGUAAGGCUGGCAAUGAAACUGCGAACGGAGGCGCUUGCCAUACAUUUUAUUCGUAGUAUCAAAGGUGACGAGGAGAAGGAGCUUCGUCACACACUGUGGAAGCGGCUUGCCACCACGGCAGCUAGAAACAGAAGUGGGGGUUCCAUACGUGCCCUGCAGCUUAUCGCCGAAAGUGAGGGGGACCUGGACGCCAGUGAUGUGUUGCCGCAUCUUUCCGGCGACGUGAUGAUGCAGGAUUUUCGUGAGGAACUUCUCACAAGUGUCUCAAUGUUUAGUAACACUCUGCGAGACAUCAAGCAGAUAAUUGAGGUAUCAUUGAAUGAUGUAGCGGCUCUAAAACGAGAAACAGAGGCGAUUGGGCAACGUCCCUUGACAGUACCGUCAUCGCAGCGCUGUGCGGGAUGUGGAAAGACCGCAUUAACACGCGUAUUUGUGGCAUUUAAGAAAUGUCGACAUGUGUACCAUAAAACGUGUUUUGACGCCGCUCGUACAAACAUGGAGGAACAACUAUGCACUUUGAAGGAGGCGUCCGCCCUGCCGUCGUUGCAUGCGGAAGAAGAGAUGCGGUGCAUCACUCUUGCAGAGGUGGAGUUGGAGUGCUUGUUGUGCAGCCCCAGGUACCUGCAACUGUGGCUGACAGUUCCAUUAUCGUAUAUUAGCAGUAACACAGCGGGUGGUUCACUAAUACUGCCGUAG